UGAUAUCGAGGAUCGGUGGGAACAACAUGUGCGCGCAGAGGAAAGUGGGCUCGGAUCAAAUAGCUUCACACUCUGGGGAUGGUUUGGGAUUUUGGGAUCGCGCAUUCGCAAGUCGGAAGCGAACGGUGAUAGAUCGAGUUCGAUGAGCUGCCUUGAGGUGUGAGAAUAGAUCGUAAAUCGUUGCGGAAGUGGAUAGUUGUGCUGAUUGGUGUAGCUACUGAAGAGGUGUUUUAUGGAAUUGAAUUAGUUAUUUGAUUGUGUUUGCGAAAGAUGGAUCUGCCAGGGAAAUCGGAUCACCAUGGCAGCGAAGGUCGAGAUGCCGAGAGUUAUCUCAGAAGGAUUAAAGCGGAAAUAAGAAAGACCAAUAAACCGAUUAUGGAGAAGAAACGACGAGCAAGGAUCAACAAUUACCUGAAUGAUCUCAAGGCCUUGCUGCUGGAUGCAAUGAAAAAGGAUCCCAUUCGUCAUUCAAAGCUAGAAAAGGCAGACAUUUUGGAUCUAACCGUGAAGCACCUGCAGGACUUGGAACGUCGUAAACUGGCCAUUGCGAUGGCUGUCGAUCCAACUGUAGUCGAUAAGUUCAAAAGUGGGUUCAACGAGUGUAUCGAAGAAAUCGACAAGUACCUCAAUACGGUUUCGAGUGUAGACGGUGGAAUGAAACAACGCAUUUCGAAUCAUCUGAAGUCCUACUUGAAGUACCAAAGGUUUCCUCAGUCCGGUGCAAUGGGUCCUUUCGGAGGGCUCUUCGGUCGAUCUUCAGACGAGAUCAAUAACAACGGACGACUGACUAUGGACGCCAUGCCUCUGAUCCCAUCACUUCUUCCAAGUGGAGAGCUGGCUUUCAUCAUGCCGCACAAUAGCGCCAAUGGCUUGCCAAUAUUUCCAAGAAUUCCUCCACUGAACGCAAGCCACUUCAAGCCGAUCCUUCAAGAGAAACAACCAUUUGCUCCGAGUCCUCCACUGAGUCCAGUUUCGGAUCAGGACAGCGUGAAAGGAGACCCCAAAAUGACCACCCCCUUGGCGAAACUUAGACCCGGGUUGGCAGAGCAGUUGAUGGCCGCCUUUCCUACGCCUCCAACGCCGGACGAGAGCACACGGAUAUCGGCUUUCAAACCCAAUCUUAAGCUGAUCGAUCGCAUACGACUUCAGCGCGAGCCAGUCGAGAAGGAUGAUCGAGAGGAUAUCAAGCGGAGGAAAGUGGACAAAGAGAUAGAGUUCAGUGAUGACGAUAGCGACGACGAAGAUGGUACGGAUGCAGAUGGGAAGGAUACAGCUAGUGGCGAUAUGUGGAGGCCUUGGUGAAAGAAGAUUUGGGAGAGGACGAUUUUGUGAUACAAGAAGAAAACGUUCUAUAUCAUGAAUGAAACUUACGAGUUUUAAAAUGGAGAUAAUAUUUUAGUAGAUUACAGUGGAAGCUUUAGUAGGUUAUAAGUUUUCUUUGGAAUAUUCGCGUGGAAUUUAUAGAAAUAUACAAGUUUUAUACUUUUAUAUGUACAUUUAAAAA